UCACAACAGCAGUUGUGGAAAUUUUUCCAGUUGUGACGCCAACUUGUGAUCUUGGCUGCGUGACUUGUACCGAGAUUCACCUCUGAAAUGACCCCGUCCGUGUGAAGCCGCAAGCCGCGUCUUUUUGUCUGGGUUCGCCAAACCAAACCUCAUCAACCUCGUCCUUGGCCGAGCCCUUCCUUUGUCCCCCCGAAAUGUUUGGCCAGCCUCUUUGAACACUCUCAUUUGCCCUCGCACAUCUUUCCAGAAGCUCGGGGAUUCACAAGCCCACGCUGGGUUGCCACCGCAGGCGAUCGAACAGUCGAAUCAGGUUGGCGUUCGCUACUUUUUGAUUCUGGUUUAUCGCAACUCCAACGACUCGCCUUUAGAGCUUAGCACCCUGCAGCUCGCACAUAUUCGAUUGCGCAUACCAUCUUGUAGCUCUACAGCUGCAGUCGCUACAGCAGGAAGCUGACGAGAAAUGCCGUGCUUCAAGGGCAUCGCCGUCAGCGUUCACGCUGAAGGCGCUCCGCUUCCAGAGUACUCCGUCCAGAAGCAAUCCCGAGUCUCACGCGUCAACACCUACAUACCAGUCCCGAAGCCCAAGAUCCCGCAAGAUCCAGCCUCGAACAAGCCAGAGCCCUCCAAGUUCGCCAUCUCCAUCACCCUCUUGACUCCUGGUCUCCCGGUCCCAUAUAGCGCACCCAAGGCGACGGCAGCCGACCCAUACCCCACACCCCAGAUUGUCGGAGCUCUUCCUGGCAUAGGAGCCCAACGGGGUAACUAUGUAGGGACUGUUGGGCCGUAUAUACCUAUCACCAAGUCCGAGAACGAAACCAUUGCUGCCUAUAUCUACUUUGAUGGCAGAGCAAAGGAGGAAGUUGCUACACUACUUCGACCUGGGGAGGAGACGUGGGUGAACUCACGCUGGGUCCAGGUACCUGAUUCCGAAGGUGGUGGACUCGCCGAGAGAGAAUUCCUCUUCCGCGAAGUUGGUUUAGAGCGCUGGUUAAACGGCCUCGACCUGGACGGGCAGGAUGCUGCAGCGAAGAUUGAGAAGCGCAGACAAAAGUUUGAGAAGCGUCGUCGGCGUAGGAAGGAGGAGAAAGGAAGUGACGACGAGAUCUCGAACCUGAUGUCUCCUGGACGAAAGUCUGCUGGGCCAAGAGAUGUCCUGCGAUACGGCGAUGAUGAACGAUCACCGGUCGAGAAGCUAUCAGAUGACGAUGAUGACUUCAGCUCCGACUCGGACGACGAUGCACCACCGGAGGCCGCUGGACAGAUCAAGGUUUCCAUGUUCCGUGUUUUAGCGUCCGGGGAGAUCAAGAGAGGCGAAUAUUCUCCACAAUUCGAUGCUCACGACGAUGACGAGGAGGGCAGCAACAAGGAGGGUGGCAAUGAGGAGGCAGACAUUGAUCAUACCACCAGCUUUGCAAAGCCCAAGACCCUGGAUCCAAAGUCGAUCAGCACCCAAACCGUAACUGGGAUUGAUGGACCCGACAAGCCUUUCGCCGUCUUCACGUUCUUCUACAGGGGCGAGCGACAAUUACAAAAGAUGGGCAUCCUGACAUCAAAGUCAAAGGCCAACCCUAGUUCUUCCAAGAGACGAUCAACGCAGCUAGACUUUUCUAACCUUGCUCCGUUAAAACCUGGUGGCACUGUUGGCUUCUCGUCAUUCAGAGAUAACGAUCCAUCCAGGCGAAACAAGUCCAGAAAGAAGAGCAAUGGAAGCGCUCCGGGUGAUAUGAUGGAAGAUAGUGAAGAGGAUGACGAUGACGUGGAAAUUGUUGGGAAGAUGGAGGAUGUUGAAGAUAAAGAUGUGAAGGCAAUGUUGAGCCCGGAAGACGCAAAGUAUUCAGGGGAAUUAGCAGAUGGAGUAGGUCGCAUCAAGCUGAAACGUCAACAUUCUGCGGAACCUCUGAAUGCCAAUUCUCGUCGGUCACCUGCGUCUGUUGGUAGUACCUCUGUUGGUGCAACUCCACCGGCAGACAUUGACACAGCACCUUCGAAAGAAACACUGCCAAGCAACGUUUUCGGAGCCAGCUUACCAGACGAUUCGGUUGUUGGCAGCCCUCUCAAGAAACAUAGAGCAAGCCUGUAUGAUAUGAACAACGAGACAAUGCAGAAGCGAUUAGGGUCUGGGUUCGGAAGCUCGCUGGGAGGAGACGUUGUAGCUGUAGCAGAGGCUGCUCAAACACCGUUGCCCCGUCCAGCACAGGCACCGACUGUCGAAAUGGAAGAGGAGUUAUGAUGAAGAGUAUAUAUCAUUCCAGCAGACCCGGAUUUGCAUACAGGUGUCAGUCUUUUUUGCUAUACUAGACUAAGCACGGAAAUUGGAAAGCACGGGCAUACUUGCUGGCACGAUUGGCCUGGACGAAGGAGAGCUGUUAGUGGUAUCACGUGCGCUAAAUGCUACCAGCUUCGAGAGGUGUUGUAAGAAUUUAAAAUACCCAAACAGAAACACAAUCGCCGCACAUGACGGGGCUUAGUUAUGAAUGCAGAACCAAUGGAUCAGUCCUGAAAAC